CAUCUUGAGGCCAAGGAUGGCUGGCUCACUAUUCACCUUGGGCUUCUUUUCAGCCUUUCAAAUGGUGGCAUGUUUCAACAUCGAGUCUUCUUGUUGGAGACACAUCCACCAACCAGCUGAGGGCUUUGGCUACAGAGUGAUCCAGCAUAAUGCAUCAAGUCUGUUGGUGAGUGCUCCUCUAGAGCAGCAUGGUGUGGAUAGGAGAGGACGGGUUUACCAAUGCCAGGUCUCAUCCAGCUCCUGCUCACCACUACAAAUGAAUGUUCCCUCUUAUGGACUCAAUAUGUCUCUUGGCCUUUCAAUGAGCCCGGCUGAGGCAUCCAACAAGACUGUGGUUUGUGGUCCGACCAUCCUAAAGGAGUGUUACGGCAUCACUCUGUAUGGUGGCAUGUGUUUCAGCAUUGGACCAUCACUUGAACAACAAGGACCUGUGCCAGCCACUCCUGAGGAGUGCAAGGCUACAGACAUUGCCUUCUUGAUGGAUGGGUCUGGGAGUGUGCAAGACGACCAGUUCAAUACCAUGAGGACAUUUGUGAAGGACGUGACCAAACGCCUUCUGCAUCUAAACACCAGGUUUGCCCUAGCACAGUACUCCUCUGAAUGCAUCAUCCAUGUGAAGUUCAGUGAGUUUGAGAGAGCAAGAUGGGAAUACCAGGUGGACAGUAUCAUUCAGCUGAAACGAGCCACCUAUACAGCAGAGGCCAUCCAGACAGUGGUGGAAUCUGUAUUUGAUAUUUCUGCUGGAAUGAGACCUGAUUCUACAAGGAUCCUCAUCGUCAUCGCAGAUGGGUGGUCACAUGAUUCCAGAUAUUAUCGCUCUGUUACACAUCUAGCUGAUGGAAAACAUAUUAUUAGAUACGCUAUCGGGGUUGGCAACGCCUUUAACAAUCAGUGGGCACUCAAUGAGCUCAGGAGAAUCGCAUCUCUACCAACAUCAGACCACAUGUUUAAAGUGGACAGCUUUGAGGCACUGGACAAAAUCAGCAGCAAACUGGAGAAGAGCAUCAUUGCCAUAGAAGGAACCCAAACUGCUGGUGACUCCACAGUCAUGGAAUUUGCACAGAAUGGAUUCAGUGCAGCUCUUGUGUCCAAUCCUGAUGAGAGGUUUCUGGUGGGUGUGAUCGGGGCAAACGGGUGGAGAGGAGGGUACCAGGAGAUCCCUCUGUCCAACAGGACGCCCAGCUUUAGGAGGGUUGAUGAGGUCACUCCCGACAGCUAUCUCGGCUACUCCAUGGCUGUAGCGAGCAGAGAUGGGCAGAAGUACAUAGUUAUGGGGGCCCCCAGGUACAAGCACAAGGGGCUGCUCAUGAUCUUCUGUCCUGGAAACAAGCCACCAAAGAUGUUCACACAGUCUCAGAUCGGUGCCUACUUUGGAGCAGAGGUGUGUGUGGUGGAUUUGGACGGAGACUCCAACACUGAUCUAAUUCUGGCAUCUGCCCCCAUGCACACAGAGGGAGAGAGAGAGGGGAAAGUAUUGGUCUACAAAUGUACUACCGAGGAGUCUCAUGCGGUUGUGUCUGACACUAGUGUGUCCCUGCUGGGGCUGGAGGGUCAGAGGGGGAGGUUCGGCUCGUCUCUGGCCAGCCUGGCUGACCUGAACGGGGACGGGAUCAGGGACGUGGCCGUGGGAGCUCCUCUGGAGGAUAACGGACAGGGCAGCGUGUACAUCUUCAACGGGAGGAGAAGAGGAAUCAACCCCACCUACUCACAGAGGUUUGCGGGUUCGUCGGUGCGGUCCAAACUGCGGUUCUUUGGGCUGACCGUGGCCCAGUCUGCUGUGGACCACAGUGGAGACGGACUACCUGACAUCGCAGUCGGUUCUAAAGGAGCGAUUCUGCUGCUCAGGUCCAGACCUGUGGUAUCCAUGGUGACCAGUGUGACUUUUGCCCCGCCCCAAAUCCCCACCGCUAUCUCAGACUGUAAGACUCCCCUACAGUUCAAGGCAUCAGUGUGUUUCAGCAUGACAAAGACCACCAAGGACAAAUUCACAGACCUGCAAGCAAAACUGAAGGUCACCCUGAAGCUGGAUCACGUCCGCCAGCGCUCUCGUGCUUAUUUCACAGCCAGUGAACACGAGAUGAACUUCAUGGCCCAUAUGGCACUGCAAGAACACUGUGUCCACUAUCCUUUCUUUGUGCGGUGCUCGCCCGAGGAUGCCCUGAGUCCCGUGGGGGUGCAGGUGGCCUUCUCCUUCGAGGGGGUUCCCAUACCUGACGGCCUGGCACCUCAGCUGGACAGCAGCUCCAGUCUCGUCACAAACCACAAGUUAAAGUUUAAGAUUGACUGUGGAAAGGAUAGAGUCUGUGAAGACAACCUACGAGUUGACAUCAGCUUUGCAAGGUCCUCCAUCAUCGAGGUGGGCAUCGCUCAGAAGAUGAGUAUAACAGUGAUGGUGGAGAAUAGAGGAGAGAACUCCUACGACACCCGUGUGUUUCUCUCCUACCCUCCUGGCCUCUCCUACAGGACCUUCACCAAGAGCCAGGGCAGGGUGGAGUGCACUUCUCUAGACAGCACAGAUGGAGUCACCCUGGGAAAGACUGACUGCAGCAUCGACAGACCCAUCUUGCAGGCUGGAGACAAGGCAAUCUUUGUUGUUCAGUAUGGAAUUGAUGGGAGCAGUGACUUUGGAGAGCGAGUCACCAUACAGGCCAGUGCAUCAAGUGAUAACGACAAACACGCACCUGGUAGUGUACUGUCCAGAGCUCUGGACAUUGGGGUCAAGUACAGCUUUCAUGUCACUCUGAGAAGAAUGGAGAGCACAACCAACUACAUUAAUUUCACUGCUGGGAAUAAUAACCUACAGAAACCAGUGAACCAGACACUAAAGGUGACAAAUAGCCUACGAGGACUCAAACUGACCGUUGUAAUACUCGUACCAGUAAGACUCCAGGGCAAAGACAUCUGGACAAGUGUGGACAGCUUGAACAUCCAGGACUGCACUAGAGGGGUUGAGAGGAACCCAGUGAUCACAGACCUGCAGCAGACCUUCAAGGACAACAAAGAGCCUGAUGUGGACUGCUCCGUUGCUGUGUGCCUGGAGUUCAGAUGCACCUCAUACAUGGCAAGAGAGGACUUCCAACUCUACACAGUCUCAGGAAUCGUGAGCUCAGGAUGGAUUGAAAAGACUGGGCUGCGUUCUGCUCUGUUUCACCUGGUCAGCUCAGCCACACUGGAGUACGACAGCAAGUACAUCUUCUACUCUGCAGACUCCUCACGCCUACCACCUGUCAUCAAGAUUGAGACUCUAGUGGAAGUGUACGAGGAGCCAACCCUAACUAAGGAGAUCAUUGGUGGAGUGGUGGGUGGCUUCAUCCUAUUGGCUCUCAUGACUGCUGUCCUCAUAAAGUCGGGCUUCUUCAAGAGUGAGUACCAGCAGAGACUGCUGGAGGCAGAAGCAGCCCAGGCAGGAGAGGCACCACCAGAGGAGGAAGCAGCCACAGCCGAAUAACCGCUGUGUGUGUGUGUGUGUGUGUGUGUGUGUGUGUGUCAUAGCUUAUGUGCUCUCAUUACCAUGAGGCCAUGCCAUAAGGCUACUCAACACCCUUGCUUGCUCUGUGGCCAUGAGAGGAGAAGCGCAUGGAUCUCUUCACACUGUUGUUACCAUCACCAUUUCCCCACUGGACUGAGCUAUCUUCUCGCUGGACCAAACCAUUUCCAUCAGCAUUGU